UUGAUCUUAAUAAACGUAACAACCGCACCACUUUUUGUUUAGAAGCCUGUUACUGCAGGUAAGGAGCAGUUGUGGUAUUGAUCUCCGCCACCACAUCCAGAAGGAAUACCGAGCCAUCAUGGGAACCAGUCACAUUCUGCUGCUCGGCAUCCUGGGACUUGCAUUGCUCUCCUCAGUGAUCUGCAACCAAACAAGCGGUCCUGACGACUGCUGCUUCGUAAUGUACCCGAGAAGAAUGAACAAAAACUUCAUCCAGUCAUAUUACAUGACUGAUCACCGCUGCCCCAGGCUUGGAGCCAUUCUGGUUACUAAAAAGUCUCGUCACAUCUGCGUGGAUCCCAAUCUCACCUGGGUUGUGGGCAUCAUGAAAAGUUUGGACGAAAGCUCCUUUUAAAGCAGCUGCCCGCUCCACUUCUCUUUCUUUAAAGUCAGAGCGGCUUUUUGUUGCUUUAUCAAAUCGCAGUCCAUGAAAAGUGAAAUGAAUGUGAAAAUCAGUUGUGAGUCUCCAAAUGAAGUCAUUUUCAGCCUGCAUUGACCUUCUUAUACUGUGUUUCUGUAAUUUCUUUUAGAUGCUUUUUAAAACUCACAAUAUCAAACAGUAUUAACUUCAUACAAAUAAAGUCUAUAUGC